UCGAGUUUUUAAAAAGGGGAGGAAAAAAAGAAAGAAAGAAAAACAUCGAGAGUCGGGGUUCGCACGUCGCCCCUCUCAUCGAUCCAAAAUCACUUGCUUCGAUUCAUCUCCCCCGCAGGAACUAUUGUGGCUGAUACUUUAAGCUGCUGGUGUUGUCCGAAGACUUUAUAGAGAUGGCUGCUUCUUCAUUAAAGGCCAUGGCAGAGAGGGCAGGGCCUUCUGUACGUAAGCAGGCCUUGACUUUGACAGAUGCUGCUGCUGCUAGGAUAUGCCACCUCCUUAACCUCCGUCAGCGCCCAUAUCUUAAGCUCGGUGUCAAGGCCCGCGGUUGCAAUGGUUUAUCCUACACCCUCAAUUAUUCUGACGAGAAGGGGAAAUUUGAUGAACUGGUGGAGGACAAAGGUGUCAAGAUAUUAAUUGAUCCAAAAGCUCUCAUGCAUGUAAUUGGAACCAAGAUGGACUUUGUUGAUGAUGCACUAAAGUCAGAGUUCAUUUUUAUUAAUCCAAAUUCGAAAGGGCAAUGUGGUUGUGGCGAAUCCUUUAUGACAACAAGCAGGACUCAAAAUGCUAAAUCAGGUGGUAUAUAAUAUUUUUAGGACUAGUCCAAUUGUCUGACAGACGAUCUGAAACUUCUUACAAUUUUACACUGAGAGAACGUCAUACAAAGCUGCGACAUGGAACCGAUAAAGCCAUUUUGCUGCUGAGAUCAAACAGUUUGCUGUGCAUUAACUAAAUCAGCAAAUCUUUUGUAGGAGCAAGUUUUGUGCAACAGCAGUCCUGCAAUCUUGUAUUCUCUGCAUGCAUGGUCGUAGAAUUAUGAGAGCCUGCGUGUAAGCAUUUUGGUGUAUCUUCUAUAUAAUGUCAUUCUUGGAUGUAUCAUAAAUAUUUGUAUCUGAAAGGUUUGCAUCGUAUUGCCAGACUUGCAAUUUAAUAUCGAGGGAAACUAUGGAGCUACAUAAUUCUGUACAUCAAAUAAUAUUGAUUGAAAUUUCUG